AUGCCGUCAUCCGUGUCAGGUGAGGAAGAUGACGACAAUUUCGACACUCCCCAAAACACUGCCCAAGACACCCCUCAAAACCCCGGAAAGAGACACACCAUCAAAAGGAAAAAGGUCGACGAUGGCGGCGACGAAUAUUAUCAAAAUCUCAGCGAGAGAGAACUCCUCCUCACCCUUGUGCGUGAGGUCAAAGACAUAAAGUCGGAUCUCUUAGAAAUCAAAUCCAAAAUUAACGAAUGGGAAAAAAAGAUCAACACAGUUCAGCAGCAAUCAAAUAAAAACACGGAGAAAAUUGCGUCCCAAGAGAAAGUGAUUGCCGUCCAAAGCAAGAAAAUUGACGACCUUGAGAAAGUGACCGAAAAUCUCUACUGCAAACUGAACGAGAAUAAUGUAAUAGUGAAAGGAACUCGGGCGAAUAACCAACAACAGGCUUACCGUGAAGUAAAUCGGAUCUUCAAUCAGCUGGGAGGACACGAACCAGGAAUAAACUCAAUUAGAGCAAUCGGAAGUGGAAAAUUGAUUGUCAAAUUUAAUAAUAAUCAUGAUCCCACAUUUCUUUUUGAGAACGCAGGGAGGCUCGGAAGGCAGGGCUUCGGACUGGAGAAGGAUCUUCCCCCCAAGCCAAGGGGCAUCCGAAAUAAUCUCCUGCGACAGCGACGAGAGCUGCUCGAGAACAAAGUAGCAACCACGGUCAAGGUCACGACAACUUCCCUUCUCAUAGAUGGAACAGAUUGGUAUGAUUAUGAUCGCAACACUGUGCACAUACCUCCUGAAAAUGAUGGUGACUCAGUGUUUCACUCUAUUAUGGAAUCUGCCGAGGGCUCAAAUAAUUUCAUCCUAAUGGGAGACUGUAAUGCAAGGGUUGGGGAAUUCUCUGCGCCACCCCCGGAGGAGCACAAGGAUUUAACGAGAAAAUCGUCAGAUAAGUUCACAAAUAAACGAGGAAAACUGCUAAUUAAAUCAAUAAUAGAAAAUGGAUGGAAUCUAAUCAAUGGUUGUACUAUUAGUGACCAAGAAGGAGCCUACACCUUUCGAAACAACAAUGGAUCAAGCACUAUCGACCUCGCCAUUAGUAGUCACCCAGCGGCUGAGUCCAUCCAAGAUAUGGAAAUAGUGCCAACAAUGUCAUCAUGCCACGAUCUAAUGCUCCUUAAAAUCAAAACUGGAUGUGCAGAAGCGACGCAACAUAUUAUCAGCAAACCGGUUAUGGAAUAUAUUAAUCGGAUCAAGUGGGACCCGUCCCUAUACGACGAAUUUCUCGACAGCUUCGACAGGGUCAUAGAUAACCGUCCCUUUACAUACUCAAGACUACAACAAGCCGCAUUCACAGCAGCAAAAAACACCAAAAUGCUAAAAAGUAUUCCGCUUGGCCCACAAAACGAAAUUAAUGAUGCGAAAUGGUAUGACGAAGAAUGCCGUCAAAAAAGAGAAGAAUUGCGCCGGCUUAUUAGAGUCUUAAGAAGUAAGGGACCAUCUGACCUAACCAUCGACUACAUUCAAGCAAAAUGCGCAUACAAUCGUCUAAAAAAGAGCAAACAGAAGGAUUUUUGGGAGUCAAUUAACCAAUUCCGGCCAAGAAAACAAAAUACUAACAACAAUAUCAAAUCGAGCAGGUGGCGACAACAUUUCUCCACUCUCUUCAAAAAAGAAGCCUCAGACCCCCAAUAUACGACACCCCCUGAAGGUACGGAAAAUGCUGAGAUGGAUAAAAAUAUUACGUGCGAAGAGAUGGUAGCAGCCAUACAGAAACUAAAAUCCAAGAAGGCCCCAGGACUUGACGGAAUUCCGAACGAGGUUCUCAAAAUUAUAACCAUUUCUCACCAACAAGAAAUACUUCAUCUCCUCAAUGAAAUUCUGAAUUCGGGCGAAAUCCCACAAGAUUUUGGAAAAACUCUUAUCCACCCCAUUUUCAAAAAAGGCGACCCAAAUGACCCGGCAAACUUUAGACCAAUUUCGCUACUUUCCACCACCCUCAAGCUACUAACAUCUAUAAUUGCAAAACGACUUAGCCAAUGGGGAGAAGAGUCGAAGAAGAUUUCAGAAUACCAAGCAGGAUUCAAAGCAGGCACGGGAACGAUGGAGCAAAUCGUCAUAUUAAAUACAAUAGUUCAAAGUAAAUUAGCCCUUCCCAAUGGAAAAUUGUUCGUCGCCUAUGUCGACCUGAAAUCGGCUUUUGACUCGCCACCACACGACAAACUCUGGAGAAAGAUGGCCCAAAUCGGAAUGGGAAGAAAAGUACUUCGUUUCCUCCGAAAUCUGUACUCUUCUGCUGAAGGCGUCGUAAAAACUGGAGAUGGUCUCACCAAACCCUUCCCAAUUGACAAAGGGGUCCUUCAGGGCGACGGGGCCUCCCCUAUUACCUUCAAUUCCUAUAUUGACUCUGUCGUCAAUGACAUGUACAAUUCGGAUGUGCCUGGAGUCGCAAUAGGAUCUUGUCUCGUUCAUCUCCUGCUUUUUGCAGACGACAUCGUUUUGAUCGCGAAUACAGCGGACCAACUAAAAAUCAACAUCCUUUCAAAAUCAUUUAAAGAAAUGGGGCUAACGGUCAACAUCGGCAAAACAAAAGUAGUAGCUUUCUCAAAGAGGAAAAUGAAAACGAACCCAAAAAUCCUAUGGAAUGGAGAAGAGUUGGAAGUAGUCGAUACAUACACUUACCUGGGUGUUAUAUUCCACAGAAAUGGUCACUUUUCUACAGCUAAAUCACAUUUUACUUCCAAAGCCGCAGCAACGUCAGCCAUAGUGAUUGGAAUUUGUCAACGCGGAAAAAUCCCCCCAAUUGCAACACAUAAAAAACUCCAACAAUCACUCAUCAACUCAGUUUUUCUCUACUGUUCUCCGAUUUGGGGACUGUCCCUAGAAGAAGAUCAGCUUGAGCAACCGCAAUGUCAAUUUUGGAAGCGUCUGCUUCGCCUCUCAAAGUCCACCCCAGGAUACGUUGUCAGAUUAGAGACCGGAAGUAAACAUACAUCUAUCCAAAUGGUGAAAGUAACUCUGUGCCUUAUUUGUAAAAUCCUCCAAAAAGAUGAAGGAUCUCAUCAGCAAAACGAAGCUGGGGAAAACAAUUAA